AUGAUUCGUAAUAAACAGUAUCCAUAUUGUCAUAUUCCUACAAUUAAAACUUCCGAUGGAACAAUAAUUCCAUCCAAUGAAUUUCUUCAUCGUAUGACAACAUCACAAUCAACAGGAAGAUUUAGCGAACAAAAGCAAUCACAUGUCUAUUGGCCAUUUCAUCAAUAUUCUGCUCAUCGAGAUCUUCGUUUGCCAUUUCUUUUUCCAUAUACUUUACAGACAAUUUCAUCAAAUGGAACAUUAAAAUCUGUUGAUGAAAGAAAUUAUUCAAUAUCAAAUUUAAAUCAUCACCAUCAAAAGAAACCUAUUCAACCAAUUAGUUCUGAAAAAUCUUCAUCAAAUUCCAAUAUAAAUAAUUCAACGCAAUUAAAUUUUUCUAUUGAAAGAAUUUUAGGUGAAAAACCUUUACCAAAAACAACAACAGUAUCAUCAUCAUCAUCAUCUACAACAACAACAACAACAAUAAAUACAACUGUAGUUCAUGGUCGUGGUCAUAAAUCUUUACCAUAUCCAUUACGAAAAGAAAAUGGAAAAAUUAUUUAUGAAUGUGUACAAUGUCAUAAAACAUUUAGUCAACUAUCAAAUCUUAAAGUACAUUUAAGAACACAUACAAAUGAACGACCAUUUGUAUGUACACAAUGUCCGAAAUCAUUUACACAAUUUGCUCAUCUUCAAAAACAUACACUUGUUCAUUCAGGUGAACGACCACAUUCAUGUCCAUAUUGUCCAAAACGAUUUUCAUCAACAUCAAAUUUAAAAACACAUCUUCGUUUACAUACUGGAGAUAAACCAUAUUUAUGUCCAAAUCAUUCAUGUUCAGCACGUUUUACACAACUUGUUCAUUUAAAAUUACAUAAAAAAACACAUUUAGAUGAACAAAUUAUAUCAUCAAAUUCAUCAUCAUCAUCGUCAUCAUCAUCAGCAUCAACUAAUAUUAAUUUUAAUUCAAUCUUAUAA